UAUGGACAAUACGUUCUAGAUGGACUUGGAGUAAAGAAAAAAACGUGGACAUACAGUUUAACCAACCGGUCUCAGAGACACAAAUCGAGCGCUCCCUCCUCUAACAUCCGAGACAGUUUGUUGACGGCUGCAGAGAGCAAAGAUGGCGGCGCCCACAACAGUCCAGCAAACGAUGAGCAAACUGUCAGACAGUUUUUCAAACCCCGCUCACACAAACAGCCGAGACAGCGAGUUAUUUUCAGAAGACUCGGACACUCGACAUGACUAUGUGCUGGAGUUUCUGGAGAAAGAAGUCGGCAGCGACCUGAAGUCCCUGAAGACUGUUGGACAGCUGCUGGACAGACUGAGAGAGGAGAACAGCGAGCUGGAGGAGCAGGUAGUGACCGUGUCCAGCUCCGUGCCUCCUAAAGUGUGUGCAGCUUUGUGUGCUGCUGAGGAGGCCACAUGUUCUCUGGAGGAGCUGCUGCAGAAGGAGAGACUCAUCUCCAACAAGCUGCACCAGCACCUACAGGGGGCCCAGCCUUGGAUGGAUAGUCUCGGCCAGACGCUUAACCAGGUGGACACUAUAGAGAGACACGUCAAGUACCUACGAUGCCUUCAACAUAUAGAAGAACUCAGUGCUGCAGUCCAGCAGUGUCUGAUGACCAGCAGUGUCUGGGAGGCCAUACGGGCAGUGGACAGCAUGGCUGCACUGGACACUGGACUUAGCCAGUCCGGAUGUUCUCACCUCCAGGACUUCCUCCGAGAAACACUACACUUCUGGCACAAGAUCAUCAAAGACAGACUGGCCGGUGAUUUUGAGAAAGUGUUGACUCAGCUUCACUGGCCGAUCAUCUCCCCUCCAACUCAGUCUCUGACUCCCACCGCCAACGGUCAGGAGAUCAGCAGCCAGUUGGAGCUGCUCGUCUCACAGCUGCUCGCCCUGCAGACCUCUGAUGACCUCAUAUCCCAAAGGGCUUCGGCCUCUUCUCAAGGUGCGCCCUCCACCCAGCCUGCUUCUGCAUCCACACCUCUGUCCAAACCUCCUCCCCUCUGCCUGCCCAUUCAGAUCAUGCUGAGCCCGCUCAGCAAGAGGUUCAGAUACCACUUCUACGGGAACCGACAGACCAACUCCCUCAGCAAGCCGGAGUGGUACCUCACACAGGUUCUGAUGUGGAUGGGAAAUAGCUCGGCCUUCAUGGAGGAAAGGAUCCAACCUAUCCUGGACCGAGCCGGGGCCUCCAUCAGUGCCAUGGUGGAGCUGUGUCGAGGCCUGCUGUCUCUGGUCCAGGAGAAGGUGGCCAGCGAUGCUUCCAGGCUGCUCUAUGACGACGUGCUCUUCUGUCACCUUGUGGAGGAGGUGCUGCAGUUUGAGAAGGAGCUGCGAACAAACCAGUCGUACCCAGCAGUGCACCCCGGUCUGCUUCACCUCCUACUGGAGGACGCUAUCCUUCAGAAGUGGCUCACUGUGGAAAAGAAGAUGGCAGUGGAGAAGAUGGACGCCAUGCUGUCAGCAGAGGGAGCCUGGAGCUCUCAGUACAAAGACAUCAGUGACAUGGAUGAGCUGAAGGCUCCAGACUGUGCUGAGACUUUCAUGACUCUGCUACAGGUCAUCACAGAGCGGUACCGGGCCCUGCCCUGUGCCUCUGCACAACUCAAGUUCCUGGGCCUGCAGAGAGAACUAGUGGAUGACUUCCGCAUACGACUCACACAGGUGAUGAAGGAGGAGUCUCGCUGCCCGCUGGGUGCUCGUUAUUGCGCCAUCCUAAACGCUGUAAACUACAUUUCCACCAUCCUGGGAGACUGGGGAGACAACGUGUUCUUCCUGCAGCUGCAGCAGGCAGCCGUGUCUCUCGGCGAGGAGGCGGUGCUUGGGGGCCUGGGGGUGAUGGAGGUGGGUCGCCUGGCCUCUCUGGAGGGCUCUCUGUUUGAAGGUCUGUUGGCGCUGUUGGAUCGACUGAAGGGUGACAUGAUGGGGAGACUGCUGGAAUGGACCAUGAGGGAAAUCACAGAAAAAGCCAGAUCAUACAGCCAAGACAGGUGGCUGUCCCUACCACCCCAGCAGGACCAGUCCACUAUGACCCUGUCCAGUUCAGCAUGUCCCAUGAUGCUUUGUGUGAGAGACAGAUUGUUGCACCUUCAUCAGGUCCUGAGUCUGUCUCUGUUCCAGCUGGCCUGGCAGGGUCUGGCCGAGAGAGUGGACCACGUUCUCUACCAGGAUGUGAUCCUGUCCAAUCAUUUCAGUGAAGGCGGAGCAGCUCAGCUUCAGUUCGACAUGACCAGAAACCUUUUUCCUCUGUUUGGUCACUACUGCAAAAGACCUGAGAACUUCUUCAAGCAUGUUAAGGAGGCGUGUAUCAUCUUGUGUCUUAACGUGGGCUCUGCUAUUCUGCUGAGGAAUCUCCUCAAAGAGUCCGAGGAGGAGACGAGAGACUGGGUGGGUACAGGGGAUCCUACACCGGAGUCUGCGCUCAAUGAGCUGGGGGUUUACUGCUUGGCACCCUGCGACGUCUUGAUCCUCCUCAACCUCAGAGCCUCCUGGCCUUGACAGUAACAAUCCUCCCUGCACUAUUUUCUGACGGGGAAUCAGAGCAAGUGCUUUAACUGUCUUUGUAAACAAGACAGGUAAUAUUUCAGACUGUUCAGAUAGUGGUAAUAGUGAGUUGAUACUAUUGCAUUGUCAUUGUAUGAACUUAUUGUGCAUUAUUUUUUGGGGACCCACUUACCUGUCACCUGAGUUGACUGACAUAUACCACAAAGGAGAAAUAACAAUUGUUAUAAUGGAUUAUGUAAUAAACCCUGAUAACCUGCAAUGCCAAAGGUCUCAUUAUACUGCUCUGCUCCUGAGCAGAAUACUACCAUCCUUGCAGUGAUGUUGCACAUUUCUUUUUUUUCCUUUUUUUGUCUGGUGAGGCUGUGCUUUGUCUAUUUUUGCUGGCUUUGACCCUGGCUGUUAACAGCGACAAUAGAUGCAAGGCGGCUAGAGCUUCCUCUUCCCUUUUCCCCAAAUUACACAGGAGCAUGUCCAUGGUUUUCCGGGUGGUUGUCAGUUUCUGGUCGCCUCUCUCUGACCAGCAGGCUUUAGUGCAUCAGUACCGCUUCACCUCAUUUAAUUUAGUUCAAUAAAGUUUGAUUCAGUUCAAUAUUAUUCAUCACGUCCUUUAUCACAUAUCACAAUUUGCCUCAGAGGGAAGGAAA